AAUACAUUUCAUUUCAAACGCCUUCCCAUAUCUCACGUUUCAACUCCUGUCUUUCUUUUCUUCUUUUUUGGAUCGAAAACUUUGGUCUUCUUACACUUGUAAAUAUAUUUAUGGACAAAGGAUGGGGGCUUACUCUCGGUAAUUCUGAUCCUGUAUCUGGUUUCUUCCCUAGCAAAACCAACUCCGCCAGCGCCGGACCUUUCUUCAGGUUAAAGCAACAGCCGGACAUGUUUCAGUUCCCUGUUAGCCUUGCUGGUUACAGGGAGGAUCACCGUGGAACUUCCUCUCCCUCCUCACCUGCCUCUGCUAACAACCGCCUGGUGGUCGAUGAGGUUGACUUUUUCUCUGAUAAGAAACACAGGGUUGAUGAUGAUAACAAAACUAGUACUACCGUCACCGCCAAGAAGAAAACUUCUCACGGAGGAGGCGAUCAUUUGGGUGUCAAUACCGGGUUGCAUCUUCUCACGGUUGAUGGCGGGGUAUCAUUGGACACGGAAGAUAAGAUAGAAAAGAAUGAGCUGGCGGAAUUACAAGUGGAGUUCAAACGUAUGCAUGCUGAAAAUCAGAUAUUAAGGAACAUGAUUAGUCAUGUCAGCAACAACUACACCGCUCUCCAGAUGCACCUUGUGACCUUAAUGAAGCAGCAAAGAAAUCCAGGACCCAAAACCACCCAAGAACAUGAGAUUCAAGAAAUAAAAUCCCAAGUGAAGAAAAAUGAGGUGGUAAAGCCUACACAAUUUAUGGAUAUAGUCUCAUAUUCAGGCACCGCCGAAGCAGAUGAGAUGUCUCAUCCUUCAUCAGAAGAAAGAACACGUUCAGUGUCUACUCCAAACAAUGUGGAAGUUGCAUCACAAGAAAGCCCUGAAUCUGAUGGCUGGGGUCCUAACAAAGCUCAAAAGUUGAAUCUUUCUAAGCCGAUCGAACCAUCUUCUGAUGCCACCAUGAGGAAAGCUCGUGUUUCCGUUCGAGCUCGAUCGGAAGCUCCCAUUAUCAGUGAUGGAUGUCAGUGGAGAAAAUACGGACAAAAGAUGGCAAAAGGAAAUCCCUGUCCUAGAGGUUAUUACCGGUGCACAAUGGCAGUUGGUUGUCCUGUCCGUAAACAAGUUCAACGCUGCGCUGAAGAUAGAACAAUCUUGAUAACAACUUACGAGGGCAACCACAAUCACCCACUUCCUCCAGCUGCCAUGGCAAUGGCAUCAACAACAACAACAGCUACAAGCAUGUUGCUUUCAGGUUCAAUGGCCAGUGCAGAUGGGAUUAUGAACCCCAAUUUUCUUGCCAGGACAAUCCUUCCAUCAUGCUCCUCGAGCAUGGCAUCGAUUUCAGCUUCUGCUCCGUUCCCAACUGUAACAUUGGACCUUACUCAAUCACCCAACACUCUACAAUUCCAAAGACCACCACCCCAAUUCGAAGCCUCUCAAUUGCCUCAAGUUUUUUACCAAGCACCGUAUAAUCAGUCAAAAUUCUCAGGCCUGCAGUUGUCUUCGCAGUUAGGCCACCAAGUUCCUCAUCCGCAACUGCAGCCUCAACAUCCCACCCUGGUUGACAAAGUAAGCGCCGCCACGGCUGCCAUCACCAAUGAUCCCAGCUUCACUGCCGCCCUCGCAGCUGCCAUCACCUCCAUCAUUGGUGGUUCUCACCCCAAUAACAGUAGUAGCAACACCUCCAACAGCAAUAAAAAGUAAUGCCAUCACCAGAAGCUUAGCAGCAGACAAUAGAUCAGUAGGGUUUCCCACCGGGAAUUUACUAGAAACAACUUUUUUGUUAUACCCAUUUUCCCCUUCCUUUUGUUUUUAGUGUUGUUUAAUUGUGGAUGAGAUGCGGAUUACAUGUUUAUAUGUUUUCUUUGUACCUUGUUGUUGGGGAGGACGGGAGGUGUUAGGUCAUGUAC